GGGAGAAGGUUGUAGGGGUAUAACUGGCGUGAGAAUUGUGUGGUUCCAAGUUUGUGAGGAUGGAUGGCAUGGCCCUCUUCCUCGUGCAUCCACAGGAACUGCACUUGCCUUGUCCUUUAAAACUUCCAGGAGUCCUAUGGCCUCAACCUGAAUUAUGGGAUGCUGCUUUGACCCUCAACAAUAAUGUCCAAGUCCUGUGUCACUGUGUUGGAAGUUUAAGGUGCCAGUUUAACAAGAUCAAUGGAUGUCUGAGAGAGAAAUGUGAAGGAGGUGCUAUCCAGAAAAGGUCUGGGAAAUAUAUGUCAAUAGACACAACAUGGAAGACAUGUGAAUUAAGUUUCCUCCUUCUCCAUGGAAAUACAGCUAAGAAGAAAUUCAGAAAACCUGGGUAACAGAAAAGUAUUUCCUCUAAACACAGACACUAAUUUUUUAAGAUUAUAUCUCUGUGUAUGGGGUUCAGUUUAAGGAAGUUUAGAACAUAGUUUAUACUUCAGUGUAAGAGAAGUGAUCUAAGAAAGAUCGAUUAAGAAUACAAUGAUGUUAUAUAUUUCAUUCCAAUCUGUAAUUGUCUAGUCUCAGUAUAAACAGUGCAAAGUCUUUCAUCAUAAAUUCAACUUCAUUAGCCACCUGAGGAUUAAUAUUGGAGAGAAAUCACAUGAAUUUGAUGAAUGUGGAAAAGUUUUAUCUAUGUCAAAUGUCAAGAAAUACUGAGGAAUUCUUGUUGGAAAAAAUAUCUGUGCAUGAUAAGAAUGUUGGAAAGCCUUCAGCCUGAAGCAGAUCUCCUUCAGCAUGAUCAGAUUCAUAGUAGAGAGAAACCUCAUGAAUGCAAUGAAUGUGGAAAAACCUUUAGCCUGAAGCAAAACCUCAUAGAGCAUAAGAAAAUGCAUACUGGAGAAAAAUCACAUGAAUGUACUGAAUGUGGUAAAGUAUUCUCUCGAGUCUCAUCCCUUACUCUACAUUUGAGAAGUCAUACAGGAAAGAAACCAUAUAAAUGUAAUAAAUGUGGAAAAGCCUUCAGCCGGAAAAGAAACUUCCUUUCUCACCAGAAACAUCAUACUGGAGAGAAACUUUAUGAAUGUGGGAAAGCUUCUAUUCAGAUGCCAGGUCUCAUUAAACAUCAGAGAAAUAAUACUGGAAACAAACCCUAUGCAUGUAAGGAAUGUGGAAAAGCCUUCAGUGGCAAAUCAUGUCUCACUGAGCAUGAGAAAAUUCAUACGGGAGAGAAACCAUUUGAAUGUAAUCAAUGUGGAAGAGCCUUUAGCCAGAAGCAAUACCUCAUUAAACAUCAGAAUAUCCACAGUGGAAAGAAACCCUUUAAAUGUAACGAAUGUGGAAAAGCCUUUAGCCAGAAGGAAAACCUCAUCAUCCAUCAAAGAAUACAUACUGGAGAGAAACCAUAUGAAUGCAAAGGGUGUGGGAAAGCUUUCAUUCAGAAGUCUAGCCUCAUUAGACACCAGAGAAGUCAUACAGGAGAGAAACCCUAUAUAUGUAAAGAAUGUGGGAAAGCCUUCAGUGGCAAAUCAAAUCUCACUGAGCAUGAGAAAAUUCAUAUUGGAGAGAAACCCUAUAAAUGUAAUGAAUGUGGAACAAUCUUUAGGCAGAAGCAAUACCUCAUUAAACAUCACAAUAUUCAUACAGGAGAGAAACCUUAUGAAUGUAAUAAAUGUGGAAAAGCCUUCUCUCGAAUCACAUCACUCAUUGUACAUGUGAGAAUUCAUACGGGUGAUAAACCUUAUGAAUGUAAAAUAUGCGGGAAAGCCUUCUGUCAAAGCUCAUCUCUUACUGUUCAUAUGAGAAGCCAUACAGGUGAGAAGCCCUAUGGUUGCAAUGAAUGUGGGAAAGCCUUCUCUCAGUUCUCAACUCUUGCUCUGCAUAUGAGAAUCCAUACUGGAGAAAAACCUUACCAGUGUAGUGAAUGUGGGAAAGCUUUUAGCCAGAAGUCACAUCAUAUUAGACACCAGAGAAUUCAUACUCACUAAAAGCUCUACGAAUGCCUUGAAUUUAGGAAAACUUUCAUCAGAACUCACACUUUAAGGGUAUACUGAAAAUUCGUUUUACAAUAAAGCGACGUGAAUGUGGAAAAUACUUCAACAACUCAAAAUUUAAAUUCUAACAAUUUUAGUAAGUAUUGUAAUAUCAUGAAAACCUCUAUUCCCAGAACUCCCACAACAGACACUGUUAAUGAUCUACUUUUAGGAGCGAUCUCAUUAAGUACGGAUCCAGUCAUGAGCGCUAAGCAACAUGGUUCUGGAAGGCCUCCCUGAUGCAUGAAGAGGUAUAAAGAUUUGACACUGAGAGACAAAAUUGUCAUUUUAAAAGUGUUUCACUACAUAUGUAAUCAGAAUUAUUUGUUCUUGAUUCAUUUGUAGAAAUCAGAGAUUGGGACAGAAUAUUGUAUUCAGAAACAUGCAUGCGUUUAUAGGGAAUUGUUAAUUGAUAGAGGUGGUUUCAAGGUUGGUAGGGAAAUUAAAUCAUGGAUGAUUCAAAAAAUGGUCUCAGGGUAACUGACUCUUCAUGUGGAAAAAUAAUAGAUCUCUGCUGUGGUAAUACCUUAAAGUAUUUAUUAUGAAAUCCAAAAGUAUCGAAGACUAAAAUGCAAAAAGCAAAACUUCGUAAUAUAAGAAUUUUGUAGGAGAAUGUUUUAAAACCUUCGUGGAGUAGGAGGGAAUUUCUAAAAUAGAUUCCAGGAUACUCUCAAGUAUACAUGCAUAUCCCCAAGAAACCAAUACAUGUGUCUAGGGAGUCAUGUAUCUUUAUGUUGAAGCAUGAAUUACAUUAGCAAAAAAACUGGAAACAAAUGUCUGUUGCUUGUGAAAUGGAUAAAUAAAAUGUGUUAUAGGCACAUAGCAGAAUAUUCUCUAGUAGUUAAGUAUAACAGGUGAUGUAUAUUUAAAUAUAUUAACAGAGAAAGACCUGAAAAGUCAUGUAGAGUUAAAACAACGAAGGGAUAAAUAUAAUCAUAACUGUGAAUUUGAAUUAAAUCAACACUAGCAAACACUAGUAUUAAGUGUUGAUUAUGGAUAAACAUUUUUAUGUAAAACUAAAGAAUAGAUUGGAAAGAUACACACUCGAAUUCCCAAAGGUGAUUGCCUCUAGAAAGAAUGGUAGUGGGAAAGAAAUGGGACCAACCGUGGUAGUUAGAUACUUCAGUUUUGUAUCUAAAUGUCUAUCAUAGGGGCGCCUGGGUGGCUCAGUUGGUUAAAUACCUAUCAUUAAAAAGAUUCUAAGUAAAUAUAACAAAAUGUUAGUUACCUCUGGGUUGUGGUAAUAUAUGUGUUCUUUUCUUUGUGAUAUUUCUGAAAAUAAAAAAACAUAGAGGUAGGAAAGCUGUACAUGGAGUAUAUGUAAUAAUAGACUCCCAAUCCCAGAUAGAUAUUAAUAUUUUAUAGGAAAUAUUUCUAAAAUCAUAUCUUUACUGUAAGUCAUUUCUUAAAAUUGGGAUGGUAGCUUAAUUUAAAUUUACUCUUGCAUGUGACAUCACUGAUCUGUGUGAUCUCUACUUAAAAUUAUAGCAUGAAUGUGCUACAGGUUGGUUGAGUUACACACAUUUAAGGAUCAUGCCAUUUAAUAAUACAUGCACAGACUUGAUAUUAAGAAUUGGUUUCUGCUGAAAAUAUUUAUCAGAAACUUUAAAAGUACAGAUAACCAGAAUUGGCAUUAAGGAUUUGGUGUUUUAAAAUGAGGAAACCAAGUUACCCUUAAAUUUUUAAAUAUGCCACUGAGUAAAAUGUCAACUCUUGCAUUUCACCUUCAGUUUUAACCUCACUUUUUUUUUUCUAUUCUGCUAGAUAUACUCAACCAAUCCCCCAUUUGUUUCCUUGCAGAAAAUGGUGCUAAAAAAGGAGAUCUGAGACCUAAACAAUAUUCUUAUAUUUGAAGCAAAUCUUUUUGAGGGUUUUUGUUUACUUGGUCCCUUUCCACAACAGCUUGACAUAUAAAAAGUUGUUAGUGCUCUUUUCGAAUAGUGAUAAAAAUGUGUAGCCAACAUUCAAAUCUUAGGCAUAUUUCAAAUAUAUCAGUUUCUUUUAAAUUCAAAAUAAUGAAAUGCUAAUAGAACCAUACCACUACACUGCUUGUUAGUGGUUUUGAUGGUUGGUCUUGAGAUAAGAUUAUAAAUGCCAGGGAACUGAUUUGUCUGGGGUAACAUACCCAAAUAACAUGUAUAUCUACAUGAAUCUAAAUUAUCCUCUAUUUUCUUCCAUUCCUCAGUAAGCAUUUCUCUCAUAUUUCUUAAGUGUUUUUGAUUGCCUUUGAGCUUGUACAGCUUUGAAGUCACCAGAGCAACUAAGAACUCUCAGUUCAGACUAAACUAGGAUUACCUUUUGGUGCCUAUAGUUAGCUAGUGCCAGGGUGCAACAAUGAUUAGGAUCAUCACAUAGAGUAAGAUGAGUAAUAUCUGUGAUACUGUAUACUUUAAAUUUACUCUGACAUUCCCCUGUUGAUUCAACUUUUUGGUAGUUACUUGUCACCACAAACAACACUAUGGUAAAUACUCUCAAAAUCAGACUUAAAUUUCAGAUGUUUUUAUUUCUGGGGGAUAGGUUACAGGCAAGACAUUGUUAGAUCAAAGGACAUAGGCUAUUUUUUUAACUUUUAUAGAUGCUAUCAUUUUCAAAAACACAACUCUCCUUUAACCCUGCAACGGAUGGUAACAUACUACUUAAAUUCAUGUAACCACUUGCUCCUAGAUUUGCUUCUUUGUUAAUUUUCAUAUUGUUAGCUCUUUAAUAGACAUUAGGAAUUGUCUAAUUUUUGUUAUAAAAAUGAUUUUUCCAUAAAAAUGCUCUAAAUUUCUGUGUAACCAGAUAUGUAUUAAUUUUUUCUAAGCUUAUGGGUUGGUUAAGAAGAUACUUUAACCUCUAGAUUGUCUAUUUCUUAGGUUUUCUUUGCAAGUUGUUUAUUAUUUGCUUUUUUCAAUAUGUAAAUAUUAAUCCAUUUAGAACUUAAUUUUUAAUGUCAUUUGAAAUGAGGAUUCCUUGUUAUUUUCUUCUGGAUGGGUUUCCAGUUAUACAAGCACAAUUUGUUAAAAUAACCCAUCUACUUAGCAGCCAGUCACACAGUUCUGACACCAACUUGUGGUGUCCACCAGCAGCAAUCAUGGAUUUGAACCAGCAAUCAAAGAGAACAGGCUUUAACCCAGUUUAUUAUUAGCCUUGCCCUGACCAAAACAAACAAACAAACAAACAAAAACAUAACUGCCUUCACAAUACUGCAACUGCCCAAGCAAGCAGCACAAGCUUCCAGGGCCUCCGUGUGGCUCAGGGGAGAAAAGGUCAGAAUGGGUGUGGUUCACCUAAGCGCUGGAGAACACUAACAUUCUCAUCCAGGACAUCUUAUGAUAACCCACUACUGCAUCCACGUGGUGUGCCCCCAUGCAGCACACCCAGUUGUAAGACUGAUACCCACUUGAGCACAGUGAAACUGCUGCCUUGGUUUCCCAAGAUUUAUGAUGCCUUAUUUCCAUAGGCUAUCGAUGUCUACAUGCCAAUUCACAGUUCUCCCCACCACCAACCAGGUACAAAUGAGGAAUCUACAGUAGCUGUUUUCAUCAAGGAAACUGGUAGAAAGUCAAAUCUAAGGUCAUCUUUCCAGAUAUGGGUCAGCGGGAGAGGCCUGUUCUUAAUUCCUCACCAACUCCAUCCUUUUCUAUUCAGCUGAAACUCAGCUAUAUAAUCCUUUAUCCAGAUGAUUUUUUCCUCAUUCAACUGAAACUGCCUUGUACUUUCAUUUAUACCAAGACCUAUUUCUGUAUUCUCUUGUUUCACUAAUCUAUUUUUCUACUUCUAUACUAAUACCAUAUUAAUAAGUUGGUUUAACAUUAGCCUUACUGUAUUUUGAUACUGCGUAACAGACCAAGUCCUUGCCGUUUUUCAUUGUUUUAUUGGCUAUUCUAAGUUUUCUUCCUAUAUAAUUGAAGAGUGUGUUCUCAAAAUACAAAAACCCUUUGAUAUUCUAGUUGGAACUGCAUUAAAUUUAUAUAUUUAUUUUGGGAGAAAGGACAUUUGGAUUUUAAGGCUUUCUGACCCAAAUUGUAGUGUGCCUUUGCAUUUGUUCAAACUGUAAUCAUGUCUUUCAGCAUGAGGGUCCUAAAUAAAGGGAUUUGAAUGCCAUUCCUGCUUAAUAUUAUAUUUUAAAAACUUUGCUAGUUGCGUGAAUGAGAAAAGUCCAUAUUAUGGACUAAACGUUUGUAGCCCCCUCAGAAUUCAUACUUCAAAGCCCUGAUCCCUAGUGUGAUGGUAUUUGGAGAUGGGGCUCUUAGGAAGUAAUUAGAUUUAGAUUAGGUCAUGAGGGUGGGACACUCAUGAUGGGAACAGUACCCAUAUAUAGAAGUGGAAGAUAGAGAUUAUAAGAAGAGAUUCUUUCUCCAUGCAUACACUGAGGAAAGGUCAUGUGAGUGCAGCACAGUGAGAAAACAGCUGUCUACACCAGGAAUUGGACCUUCACCAGGAUUUGCCAGCACUUUGAUCUUGGGAUUUCCCAGCCUCUAGAACUGUAAGAAAUAAAUGUCUGUUGUUUAAACCA